GGUUGAGUCACAUGACCAGGAGGCCAGCUGAUCAUCACGGACGAGCAAGAUCACGAACAUUAGCUUGUGAUAUGAGCACGUAAUCCUACUCUGAUAGCUUUUUCUGUUAUUAUAUAUCUACUCUAGUAUUUUGUAAAUAAAAUCAACGUCAAGUUAUUACACUCAGAGCGUAGAAGUAAAGAGAAAACAGCAGUGGUUGACCAAAAAACGGGAAGAUGUCUGGAAAGGACAGGAUCGACAUAUUCCCCUCUAGAAUGGCUCAGACCAUCAUGAAGGCUCGGCUGAAAGGAGCGCAGACCGGCCGCAGUCUGCUCAAGAAGAAGGCCGACGCCCUCUCGAUGCGCUUCCGUCAGAUCCUGCGUAAAAUCAUUGAAACUAAAACCAAGAUGGGAGAGGUGAUGAGAGAGGCCGCUUUCUCUUUGGCUGAAGCCAAAUUUGCCGCAGGCGACUUUAGCACUACUGUUAUCCAGAACGUCAACAAAGCCCAGGUGAAGGUUCGAGCCAAGAAGGACAACGUGGCAGGGGUGACCCUUCCAGUUUUUGAACACUACCAAGAAGGUGGAGACAGUUAUGAACUCACCGGUCUGGCCAGAGGAGGGGAGCAGCUCUCCAGGCUGAAGAGGAACUACGCCAGAGCUGUGGAGCUGCUUGUCGAGUUGGCUUCCUUGCAGACGUCUUUUGUCACCUUGGACGAGGCCAUAAAGAUCACCAACCGCCGCGUGAACGCCAUCGAGCACGUGAUUAUUCCCAGGAUCGACCGCACGCUCACCUACAUCAUCACCGAGCUGGACGAGCGAGAACGUGAGGAGUUCUACAGGCUGAAGAAGAUUCAGGAGAAGAAGAAGCAGCUGAGGCAAAAGACGGAGCUCGAGAUCGCCGCCCGCCUGGCUGCCCUCGGUCCGAUCGCCGAGCCGGCCAACAUGCUGACCGAGGAGACGGACGAGGACCUGCUGUUCGAGUGAAGCACCACCGUCGUAUUUAUUCUGUGCCUCUCCGGCCGCGUUUAAAUCUUAUAAAGUGAUAAAAAGUUUGUUUUGCGUGUGUGUGUCCAUGUUUGUGAUGUGAAUCAGUGCUGGAAGGUUUGAAUGGUUCCACAUGUCGCUGUACAGCAAAAAGUCUUUAACUAUAAAGUGCAUAUGAAUAAAAAGAAUCACAAAGAACAUGUUUACAUUUGUGAAUGAAAUUAAAGAAGCAUUCCGUGUGAGUGGUUCAUCAGUUGAUAUCUGACACGUUUAGAGCCGCUGCAUGCUGUAACGCUCAGGGUGGUUGUAGAUUUCAGGGUGUCGUUUAAAACCUGUAACACACACAGACACACACCUCUGGGAGGAUUCAUGACUGAAAGCUGUAAAUCUGUGAUCCUGUAAAACGUUGUGAGCAAGUCAAACCCCUCAACACGCCGUCUAAAUAAAGAUGUAAACAAAUCAAAAGAUGCUCCGAUUCUUUUCAAUAUUUCUGUGAUGGUUUGAACUGUGAAGUUGAUUUUUUUUUUCU